AGCUUGAUGUUAUGAGUCAAUUCAAGCGCAUUUGAUAUUUGAUCAUAAUCGUCAAUUCAUUUAAGCGAUCAUGUUGCCUCGUGCUAGCAAGGCAUUCGUGUUCAGGCGUUAACAAUAACUACGGCAGCGACAGCGAAAAGCUCAGCUGCUCCAUACAAGAGUUAACCAAGCUUCUGGGAUUAUAUCCUUACAACUAUGAGCUCCGAGACCCCAGAGACGGAAUGCCGUCCUUUUGACACAGAGAUUUUUGAUCUUGCCUGCCUUGGGCCUGCUUUUGCCAUUCUUAUAGGUCUUUCGUUCUUUGUAAAGAGAAAAAACUCACAAGUUUGCCGUGGUAGAUUUGGAGUACUUAUUCCAAUGAAUUUCCUACAAGAUCACCACAAGAACAGACUUAUGUUUGCAAUGGUGUUUGGGGCAGUUUCUGGAUCCUGCAUAAAACUUGCUGGCAAUGUCCAGUCAUAUGCAGCUGCUUUCAAUUCACCCUGGAAAAAAGCGUUUAAAAAUGUUGCUAUGGUCCUACUUUAUGUAGUCCUCAAUUACCCAUUCUUUGCUUGCUUGUCAACAAACCAGCAAUUAGUAGGUGCUAUACUCGGGAUGGUCUACACUUUGCUGAGGUUGGUUGGACUGUUGGUCGCAGUUUCCUACUGUACCAACCCAUACAACAGGUUUGAGAGUACCGGGAUAUUACAGUAUUCCGACGCUUUGGAACAGUUACCCAUCAUCAUUUGUCAUAUCAUCUUGUUCCUCUGUUUUUGCCGAUGUUUAACCAAGAAAAUUCUAAAAAGAACGGAAAUUACAAAUCAGGUUUCGAGACAUCCCUCAGUAGCUGAGGAACACGACAAAAUCCACGUGAGAUUGUUACUUCGCAACCAACUAGAAUCAAGCACGGUGAACACGGAUCGGUGGUACAUCAAGUUACUGAAAAAGAUCUACACCACAAGAACCGACUUCAAGUUUUCCACGCAGAUCGUGAGCACGUUUGCAGUGAUCGCUGUGUCUAUCUAUGCUUUUACCGUUGCUGAGUUGGCGUUAGCUGAAAUCAUCCCCAAACUCGUCACGAAAUAUUACCCUUUCUAUCGACAUUUCGCGAAUGGCAUUUUCAAAGAUUCUUGCAUAGCGGCUGCGGUCAUUUGUACGACGCUCACGAUUCUUCAAAUGCUUCACUUCGCCAAGUGCCACAGGGACCAUGUGCUUCUGUCCUUUAAAACAAGAUCAUACAGAAAGCCUUCUCAUCUGGUGGGGCGAAGUUUGAGUUAUUGUGGCUUCCAGAUCGGCUACACAAUACUCAGUAUGAUAAUUCUGUUCAUAUUCUUGCUUCUCCUCUUUGUAAUUAUGGCAAUUAUUCCACGACUUGAAGAGAAAGUGAAACUUAUCCUGAAAAGCCUAUCAUUGAGCAUACUGCCUGUACUUGUUGUCACUGUACUGAUUAUGGCAAUUCAGAAAUUACUUUCGCUGUUUGUCUUCCGUGACCGACAGUUGCCUGACGUCACUGUUACCAUUGACAACCAACGCCUUUUCUGCGUGAUGUCGUUGGUGUUCUUCAUGUAUAACGUCAUCGUGGGGAUUUUUUCUGCCGUCAUUCGUGGACUGACGAGCUUGAUUCUCGGUUUCGUGUUCCUCCCUCGCAUUGACCGCACGCUCUUAAUGCAACAGUACCAAUACUGGGACAGAGGCUACCUGUCGUACGUCGGUUUCAUCAACGUCCUUAAAGCCCACAGCCACCCCGUCAUGCUGGUAUUUUGUCAGUUGCUUUUGAACGCAACCUGGCAGCGACACACAAAUAACGCCGUGGAUAUCAAAGAAGUCGCCUUUGUCCAACGUUUUUCACCAGAUGGCUUAGAAGAGGAAAGGCGCCCGCCAUUAUUUCGAAGCAGACCAGCAGCCAAACGCUGGUUCGUGGCAGUUACACUCCUGCGUAACCCUGGGCUAGCGAAGUACAGGAAAUCCGCUGACCUGGUAUUGCAGAAUGCUCUCGAAAGAAAUAAAAUGCAGCGCAGAGAUUUGCCUAUCUAAGCAGGGCUUAAAGCCCAGUGCAAACUGCGCCAGCACCUGCCAGCAUUGCUGGCAAAUUUUCGCUUGACUGACUGUAGGACAAAGGAAAUGUCAAAAUGGGAAAUGGACAUUCUGACAUUUCGUUUGUCUUGUGGUCAGUCGAACAAGAAUUCGCCAGCAAUGCUGGCUGGUGGGUGCUGGCGCAGUUUGCACAGGGCUUAACAUGUUUAACACAUUUCAAGGAAAAAGGAACAUUGUUGGAUCUUAAACCCCUUGGUGAUAAAAGUUUUUGAUAAUACCACAAGUUAGUAAUGUUAGUUUGGUAAUAAUGUUAGAAGUGUAACAAAACACUUUAGAAAAAUAGAUACUUGUCAGAUGCCGAUUUGGUUUGAGUGUUUUUCAAAAUCCCGUGAAACAAAA